AUGAGUAAUCCUUACAUGAAUGAAGAUGAAGAUGAAGAUGAAGAUGAAGAUGAAGUCAGUAGUGGACAUACGGUGGGGCCUAUUAUUCCUAGUAGAGGGCUCCGUCAGGGCGACCCCAUAUCACCUUACCUUUUUCUCAUUUGUGCAGAAGGUCUGUCAGCUCUUAUUCAAAGCUUUGAGGAAAGGAAGCUCAUACAUGAGUGUAAAGUGGCCAAUGGUGCUCCUAUUGUAUCACAUAUGUUUUUUACAGACGAUAGUUUUCUUUACUGUCGAGCCACAGAGAGGGAAGUUGCUAAUGUUCAGCAUUUGCUUGAUCUCUUUGCUGAUGCUUCGGGGCAAAGAGUCAAUUUUGACAAAUCCUCUGUUUUUUUCAGUACUAAUACGAAUAGUCGAAUGAGGCAAGCUAUUUUUCAACGGCUGAGAAUUAGAGAGGCUGAGGAAAAUAGCAAAUAUCUUGGGCUCCCUAGCUCUAUUGGCAGAAAUAAGAUUGCAGCGUUCAGUUAUGUGGUGGACAAGGUGCAAAAGAGGAUUCAGACUUGGGAUAAUAAAUUUCUCUCAAGAGCUGGCAAGGAAAUCCUAAUCAAAGCGGUUGUUCAAGUUUUGUCGGCGUAUACUAUGAAUAUGUUCUUACUCCCUUUGGGAAUUUGCCAACAGGUGGAAAGUGCUAUUAGUAGAUUUUGGUGGAAGUCUAAUAAAUCCAACGGAAUACAUUGGUUGAGUUGGGAUAAACUUGCUUCUCAUAAGUUCGAUGGUGGGAUGGGAUUUCGGGACUUUCGUGAUUUCAUCUUUCGUUAUUAG